AUGAAGGUAAGGACCGAAAAAACAGUGCUGAAAUCAUUCAACAAAAUUGUAGUAAUAACGUUAAAACUGACAUCGUCAUUAAACUUUAAUAAAAACUGAAGUUGUCAGAUAACUCAGCUUAUUACUGGUCUGAUUCGUGACAAUAAGCUGUAGCGUGGUGAGUUAAUUAUCUAGCUUUAUAAGAAUUCCUUUUGUUAAUUUCAACAUUAUUACUGGCAAAUAAGGUGGAUGUCGGAAAUAUGAGCAAGUAAAUACGCCUGUUACUAUUUUCGAUUCUGAACAGUAAAUUUUAAAAACCAUAAAUACAUUUUAAAAGCAGUAGUCCUUGUCUUCAUGAGUGCGAGUACACAGUAAAACAGCAUUUAACAGCAGUUAAAUGAUAAAAUAUAACGGCAUUAACGAUUAAACUUUAGAACAAUCCCUUCUCGUCUUUGGUUUCGAACACUGCGUAAUACGUAGAACUACAUCUCCCAGGAAGCAAUAGCGCAGAGUUGUGUAAGUUUCCAGCGUCUUCCAGGAGAAGUGCUUCCACUUACCCGAAGACACGAGCGACAACAGGGUGAAAAACUUCAAGUAAAGAAGGUACUUCAGAAACUACAGGGAUCUAUUCAGCGAGGAAGACGAAGGAGACGCUGGAAAUACGGUAAUUAACGGAGACAGUACAGGACAGGGAACCCGGAAAACAGAAGUAAUUCAAAGAAAACGAGAGGGAGGCCCUAAUAAUGUCAUCAGCUUCACAGGCAUCAUCCAGGCGGCAAUGGUGUUACCUUUGUGAUCUGCCAAAGAUGCCCUGGGCCAUGAUAUGGGACUUCAGUGAGACUGUGUGCCGAGGAUGUGUAAAUUAUGAAGGGGCAGAUAGAAUUGAAUUUCUCAUUGAAACUGCUAGGCAGCUGAAAAGAACACAUGCAAUGCAGGAAUGCAGGUCUCCGGGCCCUCAGCCGAGCAAACACAGUGCAGCUGGGAAAGAUGGACCUAUGGAGGGUGGCAGGCAGUCUAGUGAGCGCUUUGAGAGAGGAAGAGGAGAGUACGGGGUCCCCCCAAGACUCCCAAAUGGUCUUUCCAGGCCUGAGGAUGUCGGCCCUCCUGAAGUAAGCAGGCAAAGUCCUAAUGCCAGGAGGGCUAUGGUGGGAACCGUACCUCCUAAUUUAAUGGCACAGGGCAUAGUGGGGACGCCUCAUGCUUUCUUGGCAGCUGCAUCAGCUCUUAACCCUCGACCUGGAGGGACUCUUGGUAUUGCUUCUCCUAUCCUGCAUGAUAUAAGCAAGCGUCAGGCUGUGAGUGUGGGAAUGAGUAUGGCCUCCUUUAUAAGUCCCGAUUUCGAGAAGGAACUGAAAGAGAAGCAAAGAAAUGCCGAGGCGCUCGCUGAGCUUUCCGAAAGUGUACGUAACCGAGCUGAUGACUGGGCAGGGCGUCCGAAAGCUGUGCGAGACUCCCUGAUGGCUCUCACCAGCUGCUCUCCUUUUAAUGUGCGCUUUAAGAAAGACCACAGCCUCACUGGGCGGAUCUUUGCCUUUGAUGCCAAGCUGAAUCUGGAGUUUGAGUUGAAAGUCUUUAUCGAGUACCCUUGUGGUUCGGGCAAUGUUUUCUCCAGCUUGCUCAGUCUUGUCAAACAGAUGUUUUAUGACAGCCAGAAAGACAGCGGAAACAAAGUAAUCAACUCGGGGUACAAGUAUGUGGAAUAUGAGAAGCGGCAUGGUACUGGCGAUUGGCGUCUUCUAUCUGAACUGCUACCAGAUGGAAUACGGGCUUUCAAGGAUGCCCCUGGGUCUGACACACUCCCUCAGCCCUACCUGGAUGCCAACCACUCCAUGCUUCCCACUGCUCUAUGUAACAUGGGUCGCUCAGCCCCAUCCCGUGUGCGCCGGCGAAAGGCAUCUCCUGAACCGGAAGGUGGCGGUGAAAAGGGAGGAGUGAGUGAGGAGCAUAUGCGACAGCAGUGGCCACCUGGAACAUCAGUUGGAGGAAUUUACCCAGGCAUGGCUACGCAUUUACCUGGAACCAGUAUGAUUGUUGCCGGGCUUCCGUCCCUUCAGGACAGUUCAGCUCCCCACAGUGAUCCUUCUCCAAUCUCUGCACUCAUGAGUGUGGCUGAUAAUCUGGGCACAGCCGGCCUUUCGCCCAAAGAUGGGCCAGGGAGUAGCAGCGUUGGCAGUUUGGCCCACUCUGUAGGGGCUCAGCAUAAUAGUGGCAGUCCAUCCACAGCUAUAUCUGCUGGGCAGCAACGCCGACUUGCUACUCGGAAUGGAGAACCUCACGGCAGUGGAACUUCAUCAAGCACUGGUGUGGCCUUAUCCCUUGCCUCUGGAACCGAGCCUGGCACCCUUACUGCCGAGUCAUCUGUGGGCGUCACAAGCACCUUGCUGUGCUGCACCAUUUGUCACGAGCGGCUGGAAGACACCCAUUUUGUCCAGUGUCCCUCUGUGACGAAUCACAAGUUCUGCUUCCCGUGUACGCGGAACUUCAUACGUAGUCAAAGUGCCGGAAGUGAGGUUUACUGCCCCAGUGGAGAGAAGUGCCCACUUGUGGGCUCCAAUGUGCCUUGGGCCUUUAUGCAGGCUGAGAUCUCCACCAUCCUGGCAGGUGAUGUGAAAGUGAAAAAGGAACGUGACACCUAACUGAUCGGAGAUACCGACCUUGGGAAAUUAUUGCUCUCCUCGUUCUCCCGCUGGCAGAGACACCGACACGAUACUUCAGAGAUGCAAAUCCAUUUCUCCACAGCCAUUAUUCCACCACCUUCUCAGCUUGGGUUUCACGGCCUGAAACCACCAGAACCAUCAUAUAAGUGUCGGAGGUCGAUGGUCACAGACAGACACCCUCCUUCCAUAUUUUCCUAGGCCCCCCCUCUUUGCCCCAUUUUCUUCUUUCAAGCUGUAGCCCUUCCCAGUUAUUUUAUGGCUGAAUUUUGAGUGUGUUUUUCAGAACCAUUAAAAGUAUAAAAGAAAGAAAAUAAUUGUUAACGAUCCCCUUGAAAAUAGCCUGUGUUUCAUUUUCACUCUACCAUUGUUCAUAGUGUAUGUUAUCAGUCUUUCUUUGUAAUUAAAGAAACCGCCAACAUUCAUUAUUUUGAUAGUCCUGGAAAAAAGUCAGUACUCUUAAUAAUUUAGUUUUCCAAACAGUGAUUCUUAUCUAGCAUGUGUAAUAUACAUCUGUAUUUUUACUAUGCACAUACAUGUAUAAAUUCUCUUUAAAAUGUAAUAUAUAUGUGCAAUUUCUAGUUUUUUUUUUAUAUAUAUAUGUACGAUACUUCAUGUACCACAAAGUAAACGAGUAUAGAAAACCAAAGAUGGCUUCAUGCAGAAAAGUGCAGGCUUUGUAAUACUGUAUUCUGUAUUUCGUGGCAUGUGGCGUUUUGUAUUUUGAGAAUAACGGGGAAGUUAAUAUGCCAGUAAAGUUUGUAUCCUGAACAAGACAGAAAUAUAAGAAGCUUUAUUACUUAACCUUGGCAUUAUAAAUGUCACUGAAAAAUAUUCUGGUAUAGUUACAUGCGGUGUUUUGCUUUAUUCAUAACCACAGAGUAUGGCUCGUUUUAUUGGUGGGGGGGGAAGAGGCAAAUGAUUUGUGCAUGGAUUGUAAGAAUUUUUGAAUCACAAUAACAGUUAAAAUGAAGAUUUCUUUUCGUUCUGCCUGUUUUCCUCAUCUGUUACUGCUUGUUUUUAAAAAAUGCAUAACAUCUAAAAUGCAUUAGGUCCUUAAAACUUAUAAGGUACAUGAUGAAAAUAUCCAGAUAAACAGUAGAUCUUUAUGAAAAUGAGUGAUUUUGUUUGUAGGACAACGAUUUGUAGGAGAAAAACGUGUCUUUUUCUCCAUGGGAAAUACUAUGGCACUGGUUGAUUUACCAAUCAGGGUGAAAACAUUUUUUAAAAGUCAUGCAAAAAAUCUCUAGAUCAGUAAUUAUAAAUCAGAAGCUGUUUGGUUUUAUUGGCGCCGACUUGGAGAUAAAGCUGUCAAAAUAUUUUCUGUAGCUUAACUCUGUAGUUAGACCUUUAUGACUCUUCUGUUUUUAACUUGUAUAAAAGCAUAAGAGUUUCCUGUUUGAAAUGAGUUUUUACUAGAACACAUUGCAUUUAAAUGUAGUUGGUUGUCUGCUUUUGCAAUAUUUUGUAUUCAACAAGAAAUUUUUUUUCCUCAAAAAUAGAUAUAUAAAAUAUAAACAAGAUCUUAUUAUUAUGGAGAGCCUGGUUAUCAGCAAGAUUUCCCAUUGAUGCAAAGUAAAAUGUUUGAUUGUUUCUCAUAUAUUCCAAUAAUGUGCCCUUACUGAAAGUACCAUACCAAUCACAGAUUAAUCAUUGCUGAGAUAAUUAGGCAAAGCAAGUGGUUUUAUUGUGGUUGCUACUGUAUUAUAGCAUUUCUUUAAAUUUUCAUACUGUGAGCAGAAUCUAGGGAUACAUGAAAAAACUUGCCAACAGUUAUGCCAUUUUAUGUAUGCAAGACAAACGACAGGGCCAUUUUCGUUUAUGUUGGUUGUCUGUUGUGUUAAUCUAAUCAUGCCUGUGCCUGAAUUACUCAAAUGACUUUGUUUGAAUAUUACUACUUAAAAAGUAUCCAUUUGUUCAAGCAAUCAUGUUUCUGAUGUGAUUCAAUUCUGGGAAACGGGCAUAGGCGCUUGUUGCUUUAAUCUCUAACGUAGUCAAGGUUAUUAUGGCUCUUAAAGCUGUUGUCUGGUCAUAUCCUUUGUAAGCAAAUACUGAAUGUCUUUACAAUCGGUCCGACUUAUUUGCAAGAAGCAAGAUUAUUGUAAAUGUGCAUCAUCAGGCUUAGUAUCAUUUACUUUGGAAUGUGAAAAAUACUCAAAAGUUAGAUACUAUAUGUUACAAAGAUUUUCUUAUGGUAUUCUUAAUUUCAGUUUAGAGCUGUUUGGAAGCUCGUGGAUAUUUUGGUUAGACAGCAGCAAUAGCCUGUAUUACAGUAUAUAAGUGUAAGUCAUACAGUGUAUUUAUACAUGUAAUUGUCAAAACUUUUGGGGAUUCUUAUAUAUUCCUGCACAUAAAUUUUUUUCCAAGUACAA